CUACCCUUCAGCCUCUGCAGCAACCCAAAACCAAAACGCAAAAAAAACUUUUUUAGUCCAUAGGUGAUGAGGGAGAUAGAGCAAUGGAGAAUGCCAGCGUUGUGAGUUUGGUGGAGGAUGCUCAGUUUGCUAAUGACUCUCUUAUUACAACCCACUAUUCCAGCCAAACCUUUGGCUGUCAUGCGUGGAAAGUCCCCCAUCAUCCAUUAUUUCAGGUUGCAAAUGGUGUGCUGUUUCUCGGCCUACUCUGUCCCAAUGUAAAGCAUGGACUUCUAGCCCUGCAUGGGCUAUUUGUGUUUGGUUUCCUACUGAUGUCUGUUUGGUCAUGGGUGAUUCUGUGUGCUCCAGACUAUUUUUCUUGGAACUUUGCCUUCAUGAUGAUCAAUGUGGUGCAGACAUUCCUGCUGCUUUACCAUCUGAAACCUAUACGGUUUGAGGAAGAUCUGGAGAGGCUAUACAGAGCAGUGUUUGAGCCCAUGAAUGUCUCUAGACGUCUUUUUAAGAAGCUAACAGACGAGAACUUCUGCAUCCUGUCGACCCUGUAUGAGGGGGAUGCCUAUGCCAUUCAGGCAAUCACUAAGACUGACAGACUUGGAAUGCUGUUAACUGGAACGAUGAAGGUUUACAGCCAUCAAAACCUGUUGCACUAUAUCCAGGAGACUGAGUUUAUAGACUCGCCAGAGUUUGAGAGUAGUGUCACUGGAGAUGAGAAGUUUCAGGUGUCAGUGUAUGCAGGGUCAUUGUGCAGGUACAUGUACUGGCCUCGUCAAUCCCUCGAGUACCUGCUCAUGAAAGAACCUUUCCUGGCCACUGUACUUAACACGAUCCUGGGACGAGACAUCACCAACAAGCUAUAUGCCCUCAACAGCAGAGCCAAGGAACCAGGGGCAUGUAAGCACAGUGACCCAUCCGCCCCCUCUCAGGGGAGUGCAGAUGGGAGGGAGGGGGACCUGAGACGCACCCUGGCCCAACUGUCUCCACACCAUGGUAACAUCCCUGCGGGCCACAGACGAUCCACUGCAGGCGAGGUACCUGUUGACUGUUUGCAGGAGGAGGUGGAGGAAAGUGAUGAAGCCUCCGACUCUGAUGUAGAGAUGAACCUAUUGAGCGUUGAAGACAAGGUGAACAACCACUCCCGAUCCUCACCCGUUCAGGCCCUGAUAGGGGUGAUGCCCGACACGUACCCCAUCCAUGGGAUAUCCCCACCCGAUAUCUGUCUUGCCCACGGAGAGCCACUGCCUGGGUGUCACCUGAAUCUGGGCUCGGAUAGCCCCCAGGUGCGCUUCAACAUACAUGGAAGUACUGGAUAGACCAUGGACUCGUGGUGAGAACUUAGAAGGGAGGUGAUUCAUAAGUAUGUUUAAAUAAUAUAGUUAUCUUAUAAAUACAUUCACCAGAACUUUGAAUUUUGACAUAAGGCGUGCCCAUAUGAUAUUGUAUCAGUCUAAAGGAUUGUUAUUUGUUGAUUAAAAAUAUUUGCAUGUAUUUUGGAUGACUAUAAAUCUAAACUAUGUGUUUGAGGUUGAUUUAUUUGAGAUUUAAAAUUUGUUCGCUUUUUUAACCACAAAUAAGCAUAAUAUCAUUUCAAGUUUUUAAAGCCAAUAAAAAAGCCUACUUUAUACAAACAUGUAUUUUAUCUAUUAUCUUUAUUGUUACAAUAUUAUAUUUGGGUGCGGUGGGGGUUUCUGGCCUAGAGGUGUUUUUGGAGAGAUUAUCUGAAGUUUGAAUGGAUAGUUUUACGACCAGGAUGGUAAGCAUCACUUGGAGAUUUGAAGGAAUAUUGGUUAGAAGAGUUUUCAAUGGACAAACUCAUGUUUUUUCUCCUUUUGUUGUUAAAAGUACAAUACAUAAUCUAAUUAACUACUUGUAUGUUGUAUGCUUUUUUACUUGAUAUCAUGUUAAACUUUAAGUUUUAACAAUUAGCUGUUUAAGUUUGUAUAUUGUACUAUUGAUGGUAUGUGAGAAAAGUUCUUCAUUGCCAACAAAAACAAGGUUUGAAGAGGGAUACAGUCGUUCCCCGUUGGCUCGAACUCGCUUGACUCGAAUCCUUCAUUUGCUUGAACUGGAUCUAAAGGACUGAUUUCUUUAUACCGAAUAUAAACAUUUCUGCUUGUCUCGAAUGUUUCGAGGCUCGAGGGCUUUUUUUGCGGGUCCCUGGGAGUUUGAGCCAACAGGGUUUGACUAUAUAGCAGUCACCAUUGGUCGGUCAGGCGGGCAGUCUGUUGUAAAAAGUUUGUGAAAAAAAAGGUUGGGUGAAAAACUUUUGCAAUAGUCAGGAAAUCAAAAUUUGUUUUUGGUUCAUACAUAUCCUUUAUUUAACUCUUAAAUUCCCUGCAUUGUUAUGCUUGGAAAUAUGGACAAAGAAAACAUCAACAUUGAUUCAGGGAGAGGCACACUUGUGCGGUACAAGUCGCAUAAAGACUUCAUGCAGAAGUGGUUGAAGGAGAGCAUUGUACUAUAGAAAAUAAAGAGUUAAGGGAAGGAUUUGAAUGCUAUAUUUCUUAAGGAAUAAGUACAGUUAUUUUUUUUGUUAUCCGGUACUCUUAAUUAUGUAAUUUAUGCAAGAUGAAUGGAUAUAACAUGGAUGUCGAAAAAAAAUAGUGCAGUUUAAAACUAUGAAAUAAAAACACAAAAUAGUCAAUGUUUAUACAUGCAUGAUAAAAUAUUAUUAUUAAUUGAUCAUUUAGCUUUUUCUAAUCUCAAAUAAUCAAUAGUAAAAAUUCUUAUUCCGAAAACUAUACUGGAAAUUAUCAUAAAUCGUCUAUUAUGAUAUAUAUUUUUGUAUCAUUUAUAUUUGAGUAUCUUCCUGAAAGCAUCCUGUGUCAAGGUGGUGUGUACUGGGUAGUGGUUUUCAAAACACAUGUUUGUUGCGUUACUUUACAUGCACUUGUUUUUUUUUGUGAAAAGUGAUUUCUCACAGGACUGAAAUAAAUGAUGAUAAUAGGAUGAUAAAUGUACUCAAGAGAUCAUCUACAUGUAGCUCAGAUGUGAAGAGUUUUGUUAACGUGAAAAUGUGAAAUACACGGUGAAAAUACAAAAUAGUAGAGAGUAGGGCUUGGGCAUUUGUGAUAUGGUUAAAAAUCCUAGAUUCUAUAAUUACAAAUGUUAUGUUUUGAAAAAAAAAUCUUGCCAUUGAAUUGUUAAUGUGCCAUUUAAAAUUUAUGAAAGCUUUAUUUGUCUCAACAUUGUGCAUUGUGUUCAUGUAUAUUGGUAUUUAUUAAGCCAAAACUGUUGUUAUGUAGUUUAGUAUCAGGCUUUUGCCUUUGACAUUAUAUUUAUUAAUUUUUGUCAAUAGUCUUUACUGAAUCUCGAGCAUAAGUAUGUUAUUGUCUCUAGUUUUCAUGUGAAUGUAAACAGUUUAUUGUUUAACUAGCAUGGCAUUUAGGUCACUCACUGCUACAAUAUUUCAGGUUUUCAAUCUUGAAAGGUUAUGGUUUAUAUAUGAUAUAUCAGUACAAUUGGAGCAUUUAUACUUCAUCCUUAUACUUAGAAGCUUGUCUUAAAGGGGGGGGGGGUGGCGUUGCUUUGAUGUAGUCUAUGUCGUUGUUGGUGUCAGCGGCAUCACUGUACACAAAUUUAAACUUUGGCCAUACAUCAGAAAUUGUUUAAAGAUAUUCCACUGAAAUUUGUUGCCAGGGACAAAAUAUACAUUUAUAGCAAGGCCUAUCAUUCUGGCUUUAAUAACUGUCAAGUACUGCCCCUUGUUUGACAGAGAAAUAAACAGAUGGGCGUUGGUUUUGCUCUGUGGCCCUCUUGUUAUCUAUUUGGAUAUAGAACCCUCAACCCUUAGUAUUUAUCUUAAGCAAUUUCAAUCCCAUUAUCAUGAUAAAUUACUAACUUUUGAUCGUUAAAAUUUGUUCACCUUUUGUAUGAUUUGUCACUGUUGCAGACACUCGAUGUUAGCUCUUUUUAAAUUUGUCUGGGUAUUUUAACUAAAGCAUAACCUUGGUGUCACAGUGGUAUUUGCAGCACGUUAAAACUUUAAUAUAGGUCUGGUCAUGUCUUCAUAAGCAUUUCAGAUAUUGUGACGAAGUUAUGAAACUUUACACAAAUGUUAAUAAUUGCAGCAUGUGUAUACUUGAGGGUCAACACUCAGAAAAUGUAGUAAUGUUUAUUAUUGCUUACUCAAAUAUUUAACAAUUAUCUUUACAAUGCAACUUGUACAAUGUCAUGUGCCAUAUUUUUACAGAUAUUAAACUGUAGCUUUAAUUUGGGCAAUAACAUAUAUUUCCACGUAAACACAAUAAUCCAAAAUGCGAAACACAUGUAUGUGAGCUUGUACAUCAGUAGCUAUUAUAAAUGUAAAUGAUGCAAUAGAGUUUAAUGUGUUUUGCAAAUUUACCUUUAAACUUGAAUAUAAGGCUCGCCAAUAUUUGUAUUUAAUAUGCUCCUUGUGCUACAGUGCAUGACUUUCUAAGCCUACACAUACAUCUCCACUUUAUCAGUUUCAAUCCGUUCAGAUGGUCAUAUGGAUACUAAUUUCAUUAUUAAUUUAUUUUAAUCAUUUACAUAUAAGUGUAUUUAUAGUUGUUGUUGUUGUUGUUGUGCGGCUUGAGGAUAAUAAAAAAAUAA